AUGAAGAGUCCGGGGGUUUGCGGCCCCUUCCGUCCGGGGGUUUGCGGCCCCUUCCGUCCGGGCGCAGGAGCCGAGCGGCGGGGGAACAUCAGAUCCAGUGUCUGCGGCGUCACCGUUAAAGCUCCUCACCGUGAGCUGCGGCGGCUUAAGCUCCGAGUCGCCGGGGCCUCAUUGUACCGACACAUGUGCCGGAAAUUUAACAUUUCUACCUCUGUCUCCCCCUUCCUCCCAAACCUCCCCCUUCCUCCCAAACCUCCCCCUUCCUCCCAAACCUCCCUCUACCUCCCAAACCUCCCCCUUCCUCCCAAACCUCCCCCUUCCUCCCAAACCUCCCCCUACCUCCCAAACCUCCCCCUUCCUCCCAAACCUCCCUCUACCUCCCAAACCUCCCCCUUCCUCCCAAACCUCCCCCUACCUCCCUAUCCUCCCCCUACCUCCCUAUCCUCCCCCUACCUCCCUAACCUCCCCUUACCUCUAACUCCCCCUACCUCCCCCUACCUCCCUAUCCUCCCCCUACCUCCCUAUCCUCCCCCUACCUCCCUAUCCUCCCCCUACCUCCCUAUCCUCCCCCUACCUCCCCCUACCUCCCUAUCCUCCCCCUACCUCCCCCUACCUCCCAAACCUCCCCCUACCUCCCCCUACCUCCCAAACCUCCCCCUACCUCCCAAACCUCCCCCUACCUCCCAAACCUCCCCCUACCUCCCCCUACCUCCCUAUCCUCCCCCUACCUCCCUAUCCUCCCCCUACCUCCCUAUCCUCCCCCUACCUCCCCCUACCUCCCUAUCCUCCCCCUACCUCCCCCUACCUCCCUAUCCUCCCCCUACCUCCCAAACCUCCCCCUACCUCCCAAACCUCCCCCUACCUCCCCCUACCUCCCAAACCUCCCCCUACCUCCCUCUACCUCCCUCUACCUCCCAAACCUCCCCCUACCUCCCAAACCUCCCCCUACCUCCCUAA